AGUAGCGGAAAGGUUUCUUUUCAGCAAGGAACUCGGGUUGAAGCCACGCUGAGACGAUGAAAGCAUAGCUCUUGCACGACACCUUCUACCAUGAUCCCUUCUUUCCGCGUCCAGUCUCCGCGCGUCCUUUCCAUCCAAUCUCAUACAGUACAUGGGUAUGUGGGCAACAAGAGUGCAGUAUUCCCCAUGCAAACGCUGGGGAUCGAGGUAGACUUCGUCAACUCUGUUCAGUUCUCCAACCACACGGGAUACCCGACAUGGACGGGAAAGGCUCUCGAUGGGGACGAUCUGAGUGAAUUGAUCCGAGGGCUGAGAUCCAACGGACUUCUGAAACACACACACCUCCUUACAGGCUACAUGCGGUCGGCGUCGCUGAUCCGUUGCGUGAUGGAAACACUGGACGAGCUGAGGAAGGAAAAUGGCCAAGUGAUCUAUGUCUGCGACCCCGUGAUGGGCGACAACGGUCAGCUAUACGUGCCGCAGGAGAUAGUGUCUGUCUAUCGCGAUGAGGUGGUCCCAAAGGCCACGAUCUUGACGCCGAACCAGUUCGAGGCAGAAGUUCUGACAGGAGUGAAAAUCUCCGACAUCAGCUCAGCUGUCAAGGCGAUUGACAUUCUGCACGAGCGGGGAGUUCAGUGCGUCGUCAUCACAAGCAUGCACCUGGAGGGAUCGGACUCUAUCUUCCUGCUCGCCUCUCUCUCCUCCUCCUCUCAGCCUCCCCAGAGACUCAAGAUCACGAUUCCCAAGCUAGAGGCAACCUUCACGGGCACGGGAGAUAUGCUUGCAGCCCUCAUACUCUCAUGGUUUCAGCUUACCGAUGAUCUCAAGACUGUCAUAGAGAAUGCUACUGCAACCUUGCAGGCUGUCCUUGCCAACACGGUGAAGCUUCAGAGUAAAGAGCUUCAGCUCAUCUAUAGCCGCAAAGAAAUUUCAGACCCUCAGGUGCCCGACUGGCUCCGUGCAGAAAGUUUGAGCUCGUGAAAGGAGGUGGGAUAACUGCGGCAUGCAGAUAAGCUGAAUUCUUCUCAAGAAAUUUCACUUCUUUCACU